CCGCUUCACUUCCCGGACUGGUGAAGGCUCGGUGGUGGGGUGGUAGCCUCAGGAGUCCGAGCCAUGGGGACCCGAGCCACCGGAGCUGCGGGCCAUGGGGCACAUCUGGCACUGGCUCUGCUGCUGUUGCCGGGGCCCUGGCUGGCGGCUGGUGUCCCCGGAGCUCCGCCACUCUUCAACGUCAGUCUGGACGCGGCCCCGGAACAGCGCUGGCUGCCCAUGCUGCAGCACUACGACCCGGACUUCGUGCGCGCCGCGGUGGCAGAGGUCAUCGGCGACAGAGUUCCCCAGUGGGUACUCGGGGUGAUCGGAGAGGUGGUGUCGAAGGUGGAGAGCUUCCUGCCCCAGCCCUUCACCGACGAGAUCCGCGGUAUAUGCAACUUCCUCAACCUCAGCCUGGCCGACGGUAUCUUGGUCAACCUGGCCUAUGAGGCCUCCGCAUUCUGCACCAGUAUCGUGGCCCAAGACGCCCAAGGCCACAUUUACCAUGGCAGGAACCUGGACUACAAUUUUGGAAAUAUCUUGCGAAAGAUGACAGUGGAUGUGCAGUUCCUAAAGAACGGGCAGGUUGCAUACACGGGGACUACUUUUGUGGGAUAUGUAGGAUUAUGGACAGGUCAAAGUCCACACAAGUUUACAGUUUCUGGCGAUGAACGAGAUAAAGGCUGGUGGUGGGAGAAUGUGAUCGCUGCCAUUUCUCUGGGACAUUCUCCGAUCAGCUGGCUCAUCCGAAAAACCCUGAGUGACUCAGAAAACUUUGAAGCUGCUGUUUACACUCUGGCCAAGACGCCCCUCAUCGCUGAUGUUUACUACAUUGUUGGGGGUACCUUGCCCCGGGAGGGGGUAGUCAUCACCCGGAACAGAGGUGGCCCAGCGGACAUUUGGCCUCUUGACCCACUGAAUGGAGCGUGGUUCCGAGUUGAGACAAAUUACGAUCAUUGGAAGCCUGUACCCGAGUGGGAUGACCGAAGAACACCAGCCAUCAAAGCCCUAAAUGCCACAGGGCAAGCACACAUCAGCCUGGAGGCCCUUUUCCAGGUUUUAUCUGUAUUUCCCGUUUAUAACAACUACACAAUCUAUACCACAGUGAUGAGCGCUGCCCAGCCUGACAAGUACGUGACUAGGAUCCGGAGCCAAAGCUGAAGGUGGUGAUUGUCCAAGAGUUGCAUUUGAAAGACUAAGUUGGAAUGAAAGUGCUCUGUUUGAUGAGCGGUGUGGACUCCUCCCCAUUCAGCGUGUCUGCCUUGUGCAGAUCUCCGUGCUCUGUCUGGGGAGGCGGAGAGUAGCACAUUGUCUUGCAUCCUCCCCCCUCCUGGUCCUCUUGAUCAUCCUUAACAGCCCACCCUGGCUGGAACAACUCAGAUAACCUGUGCCCAAGGCCAGGCUCUAUCCGGCUGGUCUCGGUUUCCCAUGGUUCUCUCUACUUCUGCUUUUCUACUGAAGAAGUGGAGGGGCACAGUGGCUGUCUUGUGGACAAGCCUGGGCAGUUUCCCCUAAGGCUGGGUGACAGCCCACGGCUCAAUUUACCUAACAAGUGUGAAGCCCUGGAUUCUGUCCAUAGCACCACAGAAAAGAGAAAUACAUAAGUUUUCUCUGAAACGUGGAGAACUGUAGUUUCAGUAGAAUUUGCUUAAAGAAAUUCAUAUUUCCAUAUAGUGACACUCUCACUUUUAUAAACUUCUAAUGUAUUUUUUUAAUGUGGACCUUAUUUUUUAAAAAAGCCAACUAUUUUGUUACUGCUUUUGAAAGUUAUGUGAAACCAAAUAAUUUCCUGUCAUUGUUUAUUGCUUGUUAAUAAAAUGUCAAAACAUGUUGUCAGGGAGAGUAAAAA